UUGAUUGAUGUAUUUGAUUUAAGGUGCUUAUUGAAGGGAAAGCUAGCGCCCGUGCGGUGAUCCUUAACAGGCCGUCAGCUCUUAAUGCGCUCACUACCAACAUGGGGCUUCGUUUGAAGAAGCUGUACGAGUCAUGGGAAGACAAUUCUGAUAUUGGAUUUGUCAUGAUGAAGGGAAGUGGAAGGGCAUUCUGUGCUGGUGGUGAUAUUGUAACUCUUUACCAUCUGCUUAAAGAAGGAAAGGUGGAAGACUGCAAGGAUUUUUUCAGGCACUUGUAUACAUUUAUUUACAUAUUAGGCACCUAUCUGAAACCACAUGUGGCUAUAUUGGAUGGUAUAACCAUGGGAGGUGGUGGAGGUGUGUCUAUUCCUGGAACAUUUCGUAUUGCAACAGAUAAAACAAUAUUUGCUACACCGGAGGUACAUAUUGGUUUUCAUCCUGAUGCCUGUGCUUCCUUUUACCUCUCGCACUUGCCAGGACAUCUGGGUGAAUACUUGGCUUUAACAGGUGAAAAGCUUAAUGGAGUAGACGCACUUGCUGCUGGCCUUGCUACCCACUUUGCCAUGAGUGCUAAGCUUAGUUGGAUUGAUGAACGGCUCGCUAAGUUGGUGACAGAUGACCCUUCAGUGAUUGAUUCCUCUCUAGCACAGUAUGGUGACAUAGUCUAUCCAGAUAAGAAGAGCAUUGUUCACAGGAUGGAAGCAAUAGAUGAUUGCUUUGGGCGUGAAACUAUUGAAGAAAUUGUUGAUGCUUUGGAAAGUGAGGCAGCCAGAACCAAUCAGGACUGGUGCACUUCAGCUCUCAAGAAAAUUAAAGAAGCAUCUCCAUUGAGUCUAAAAAUCUCCUUAAGAUCUGUACGGGAAGGUCGAUUUCAGACUCUCGAUGAAUGCCUCAUUCGAGAAUAUCGAAUGUCUCUACAUCAUAUGUCAAAGGUUGUUUCUAAUGACUUUUGCGAGGGUGUUCGAGCUAAGUUGGUGGAGAAGGACUUGGCUCCAAAGUGGAAUCCGCCGACUUUACAACAUGUUUCCGACGACAUGAUCGACCUCCAUUUCUCUCCUCUCGGUGAAUUCGAACCCGAACUAAAGCUACCGACUCACUUGAGAGAGGCCUUUAUUUGACCAAGUAAUUUUUCAAGUAGCUGUUCUGGAGAAAGUUGUCUGAUCUCUCCUUGUUGAUUCAGAUUACAUCAAUAAAGAGCUUUUUUUGUAUUUAAAUGCAAGGCGAUUUUUCACAUGUAAGCAAUCAUCUGAUCAGAUCAGAUGAGUUGAAGAUCCACAGAAGUGGAGGAGGGCAUUGGAGCCUAUCCAUUCUUCUAAUGAAUGCUCUCUCUUUGUUGCUAUAUUCAUGCCUUGAGAGUAAAUACACUGUAUCAUUCUAUCAAUGAGGCUUUUAUUACUUCCACUGUCUGAAUGGGUUGCAGUGUAUCAUUCAUUGUCUUCAAACACACCAUGUGAUGGUCGUCUGCUCAUAUUUAUUUGCUGAGCUUAUCUGAAUUAUCCAUACAACUCAAUAGUUUUUCUU